AUGAUUAAGAGUGACACCAAGGGCGAGAGGCAGCCGAGGAAAGUCCGAUUUCGCAUCGCCUCUUCGCAUAGCGGGAGGGUGCUCAAGGAGGUGUAUGCGGAUGGAGAAACCUCCGACUCCCUGGAUUCCGAAUGCACGAGCAGCUCCGAGACGGACCAGAGCCGGCUCAGUGAAUCGGAUGGGCAGCACAAUGGAAACCUGGGAUCCGAGUACGACGAGAAUGAGAAAGAGUCGGAUGAUAUGUUCAUUUUCAUGAGAGCCGCCAAAGAGAGGGGAUUCGGCGCGAAAAGGGUCAACAUCCUCAGCAAAAACGGUACAGUCCGAGGGGUCAAGCACAAAGUCAGUGCGGGUCAAGUUAUCUUUGACAAUUUGUCGAAAGUGUUCCAGCAGCCCAAUAUGUUUUUGGAGUAUGGGCGCAUAAUAAUUUACACAACCAGCCUUCGAGUGGUGAGAACAACUUUUGAAAGAUGUGAGCUGGUUCGAAAGAUCUUCCAAAACCACCGAGUGAAAUUUGAAGAGAAGAACAUUGCCCUGAAUGGUGACUACGGGAAAGAACUCGAUGAGCGAUGCAGAAGAGUCGGUGAAACCCCAUCACUACCCGUUGUGUUCAUUGAAGGCCAGUACUUGGGGGGUGCUGAGAAAAUUUUGUCAAUGAAUGAAUCGGGGGAACUGCAGGAUCUCUUAACCAAAAUUGAGAGAGUUCAGCACCCCCAUGCAUGCCUCUCCUGCGGGGGCUUUGGUUUUAUUCCGUGCUCAGCGUGCCAUGGGAGCAAGAUGUCCGUCUUUCGGAACUGUUUUACAGACUCAUUCAAGGCCCUCAAGUGCACCGCUUGCAAUGAGAAUGGGUUGCAACGCUGCAAGAGCUGCCUGAGCUAA